AAGUCUUUUCUCUGAUAUAUGAAGUAGUCUUUUUUGCUAAAUAUGUUGUAUUGCCUAGGGCAAAAAGAAGCAAUAAAGCCUAUAAAAUCUAGUUCGUCACCUCAUGUGUGAUAACACUAACACCUUCAUCUGCUUAACUUAUCAAUUUUGCAUAACUACUUUUUGAACUGAUUUAUGAUGGUUGUUUCGCAGGCAGCAAGGUGGAAUUUUAGUUGCAGGUCCUGGUAAGGGGAACAUCUCAUACAUCUACAGGGAUAAAGAAGCAGGAGAUGAUCCAGAUAUUGAAGAUAUCCUUAAAGCCUGUUGCCCAUGAAGAGGUGGAGUAUCCAAUUUACAGAAACAUAGUAGUCAUUGAUCAGGAUCUCAGUACUUAAUUACUGUACAAACAAC